GGUAUAAAAUAAGAACGUAGUUUAGUUGGUGUUGUAAACAGAAUCGUGCUACCAGUGACCGUACAUCAUGGAUCCACGGUGGAUGGCUUUGCUUUUAGGAGUGUGUCUUGUCGAAGUCCACGGUAGUUGCUUUUUAGAUCGCCUCAAAGACGCAGGUGGUCCCAACCCACACUGUGUUGGUCGUGGUGGUGAGGUGUUUACAAUAGGAGAGGAGAAAGUCACCGAUGAUUGCUUCAAGUGUUCAUGCAGCUACUGGGGUCUCAAUUGCUGCGGAGUUGGCCCGUACAAUCGAGGAUCUAUGCGACUGAGGCCUGGCUGUCACGUUGUCCCGGGGAAAAACUGCGACUUUUCAAUAGAUUGUGAAGACGAGUAAAUCGCGUUCAGCGUAACUUAAAAAAUCGAAAUGAAGACGCUUUCAUUUAUGAAUACAAACAUUGUGUAUGACUGUUCGCAAUAGAUUACUACACAAGUAAAGUCAAUAAGCAAUGCUCUACCUUUAAUAGUACUGAUUUGUAUUCAUUUAUUAAUUUAAUUUAAUUUAAUUUAAUUUAAUUUAAUUUAUUUAUUUAUUUAUUUAUUUAUUUAUUUAUUUAUUUAUUUAUUUAUGUAUUUAUUUAUUUAAUUUUAUUUAAUUUUAUUUACAAGUUUGACAUUUUACAUGAUUGUUUAAUGAUAUUCAAAAUGAAACUAUUGAUUGUUAAAAAACCCAAAGCAAUUUCAUGAUUGUUUAAUGAUAUUCAAAAUGAAACUAUUGAUUGUUAAAAAACCCAAAACAAUUUCAUGUCACAUUAAAUAAAUUCUAUAUUAUAAAUUACAGUUUUAAAGUUCUGGUUUUUGAAAGAAAGAGGUGAAGAGUGUUGUCGCUAAUUUGAUUGUGUCUUGUAUUUAAUUAUGAAAAUAAACUUUACUUCCAUUUA